AUGAGGCCGCUGGCCGCACAUCCAGAAUCUACACCGCAAAUUCUCAGAAAAGUGUGGGGACGGUCCGGCGAAAAGUUCAACAAGAAAAGCUUCUGCUAUGCUGAACUGAAGACUACAGAAGAGGAAUUCCUUGAGAAUCUGACAGCAGGCCGAGUCAAGACAUAUUUUGACUGGGUCAAGAACACCCAUCAGAACAGCAUCAAGGCAGCAUCAGCCUUUGACUCUUACUGGCGGGUCCUGAAGAUCCUGUAUGUGGAGCGCACUGGUCAUGGCAUGGACAGCGGGAUGGAACAGAUUUGUCUGAACUAUAAGAACGUCGUGAUCAAGAGAUGGGGUCUCCGGCGACAGCGGAGGAGGGGCACGUCUGGCACCAAGGAUGAUGUGUACCGCAUCCUCCACGCCCAUUGGACGUGGUGUACGAAGGCGUAUGCUGAUGAGAAGCAGCAACUCUACAUUGCUGCAGAUAUCCUCUUGUCCUUCAUCUCCAGUGGCAGACUGGUCUCACUGUUCAACACCCGGAUCAAAACCGGUGAUGCGAAAGCUGGAGAUGGACAGUCAAAGAGAGUGUUGCACACAGUGAGCAAGAGCUCAACAAAGAGGACCAACCGUCGCCAUCACCGUCCCCGAGCCACAGGGGCCACCCCCGACCACUACUCAACAGCGGGAUCCAGGAUCGGCCAGCACGGUAGCAGACCCACAGCAUCAGAGAAACACAAUCAUAUGAGCAAUGAUACGGACUUUGACUCAGGGUAUGUUGACGAAGAGAGUGACAGCACUAGCGGCAGUUCUGAGGAAUCUCUGUUUGGUGAGCUCGUGCGAGAAAACGAUACUGACACCGAGUCGAGUGCAGAGUCAGUGGAAAGCGGCUGCACCAGUGAUACAUCCGCUGACAAUGACCUCAGUGAACUUGGCCGCUUCAUAGAGGACAUGACAGACGACGAGUAUGAUGCAGGCCCUGAGAAGACUGGGGCCAUUGUCUGGUGGCAUAUCAGCUUCCACAUCAUUCGGAGCCCUGUGGCUGGCCGGCCAAACAUCCUCCUAGCCAAGGUCACACUCCUCCACACCAAGGGUGAAGACAAGAAGCUGAAAACAUUCAUCAUCAGCCACAAUCCGGAGCCGCUCCUGGAUCUUCUGAGGCACCUUCUCUCCAUGGCAAUAGAUGAUGAGAUCUUUGCGCCUGAAUUUGAGAAGCUUGAAGACAUCUACUGGUAUCUCAUCCCAUCCUAUCUAGAUGGUAUGAGUCUAAAGAUCAAGGCAGAGAUGCUUGACGUGCCGGUGUUCCGCCAGCCCGAACGCACGGGCGAUGGUCUGACCCAGUAUGUCUGGCGAUGCUCUCUCAUCAACGCCAUCAACAACAAAGCUCCGUCCUCUGUUCAGGAUCAAGUAGCCGAUCACGAAUCCAAUGCAGUACAGUACUAUCUGGACACGGUCAUCCACUUCAAUCUGGAAGCCGCGGCCAUGGAGCUUCCGUCCAAUGAUGUGGUCCAGAAAGCAGCCCAUGGGCUGUUCUUGAACGCCGACGCCACUGCCCCGACGGAACUUACCGACGAGCUGAAAAGAAAGAUCACCGAGAAUCCAAAGAUCAUAGAGCUUACCGAGCGUAGUAAAGAGUUGACCCAGAAGCUGAGGGCGAUGGGAUUCCGUUCCGUGCCGGCAGCGCAGGGCAAAACUCCACUGUACGAAGAGAAGAUGAAGGUGGUUUCCCGGCUGAACCGCAGCAAAGUUUACCUUCACUCCAAGCUUAUCGAACGGCAGAGGCGGUGGCACUUCCGGCAUGCUGAUAUGGAGCGAUUCAACCAGCGACUCCGCAACAGCGCCGUCGGUGAGUCUUUGGAUGAGUGUCCGGCCCCGCCACCACUUCAGAUCUCGGAACGGAGACGGGUCGUUGAACUGACAUGCGCUGGCACUCAGGAACUGACUGAGGAUGAGCAGUUCGCGCGCCGGUGUGCGUGCAUCAUCGUCUGGUUCAAGCUGCAGCGUCGGAAGGAGGUUCAGCGUCGGGGCCGUCACAAGAAACAGCAGCCGUCCCAGCGAGAUUUCCAACCAAACCCGCCCCUAGACACCGUGCGGGCGAAAGAAUCCAUUCCGGCGAAGCUGGGCGAAAAGCAGUGCCCAUUCUGCGUCGCUGAUAUCUCGUUGCCUUGGGGGGAGCGGCUGAAGGUCCGGGAGCGCACGAACAAGUUCUGGAACCAUAUCGAGAGCGUCCACCGCGAGGAGCUGAAAGCAUACUCCACCGGACAAAAGCACUGCGGGAUCUGCAAAGUACAGGGUGUCACCUUCACUCCACCAUCCAUCAUGGAAUUCAAGAGUCAUACUCUGAGCGUACAUGGUCCCCGUCUGCGCCCAUGA